AGAAAUCGGGAGAAGCUGAGGUGACAAAAUAAAAUGAUCUCAGAAAUUAGAAGAGCCAAUUCCAAAGAAGACCAAAUCCGAUCCCAAGCCAGCUUUGCUUCCAUCGUCGCCUCAUCUCCAUCCCCGGAAGCUGGCCGGCUGCUGAGCAGGAGCAGGCGGGACACCGGCAGCAGCAUAAUCAUCCACCCGGAGGAGAGCGGUAGCAUCCAGCCUCUCGUCCCCGCCCGCAUCGACAUGACAUCCGCGGACUUCCCGGCGCACACCGCCCCUCUGCUCUUGGCGCACACAUCUAAACGCAGCCUGUUCUACAAAGCACUCUGCUUCCUCCUCCUCGUUUUCCAGGGAGGCAUCCUGGACUUCUACCUCAUCAUCUUCACCGACCUGUACUGGUGCUCCUGGAUCGCCACGGACCUGGUGGUGGUCUCCGGGUGGGGGAUGUUCUUCAUGAAGAACGCGCGAAGCAAGCGGGAGAGGGCUUGCGGCUUCCACCAGAAGGGCUCCAUCUUCGGCGGAUGCAACCUGGGUGAGUUCACCUACGCUUACCUGGCUUGGCUCAUCUACGUCAUAGCGUACACCCCCAAGGUGGUGCUCAUCCUGGAGACCUCCAUACUGGAUCUGAUCGCCGUCAAAGUGCCAUGUGGAGUGACCGGCUUCAAGAUCAUCACCUUGCUGUCCGCACCGCUGCUCUUCUGUCUCACGAAUGCCAUCAUUGAAGAUCUCAAUGGCGUCACCAGGCACCACUCCCAAAGCUGCUUCAUGACUACCUGCCUGGACCUCAUCGACAGCUUCUCCCUUGUGGAGAUGCUGCUCCGGAACCAAAUUCAGACCUUGUACCUGAAGUACACCGUCAUCUCGGCGUACUUUUUGGCUCUAGCAGUUCCAGUUAUCUGGCUCUACGAGCUCACCGCUUCGGAGCUCCGCUGCCGGUGGCUGUGGGCUCGUUUCUCAGCGGGCCUCCUGGUCAACGCACCCCUGCUGGUGGUCCGGUGCUUCCAGGUGUUCGUCUACAAGACGCCGGUGUCCGUGUUCAUGUUCAAAAACAUCUUUUUCCUGGCGUGUACCUUUCUGGACUUGACCGAGCAGUGCGUAGCGAUGCGCGACGUCCGGAAGAGGAUGGCGGGAGGAAGUAACCAGGCCCAGUUCUCCCAUGGAGUGUCCGAAAACGACAUGUGUCCACACGGAUAUGUCAACACCCUGGCAGUUACUCAGUCCUAGUGUUUAGGUUUCGGAACCGAGUCCACCGUUAGCUCCCUUUUUUGGAAGCCUAAAUUCCAAACAAUUCAAAUUAGAAAGGCAAUCCAAAACGUCCGGUAUUGGCAUACGACUUCCUGCACACGUCUUGUAAAUUUCCGGUACACUUCCGGUUAAUUUAUUCCACUUACCUAUUACAGGGCUGACGCGGAUGCAGGAAACUAUUAAGGCUUUAUAAAUCAUUUUAAAAGUUUAAAAAUAGUUAUGUAUAAAUAAUUACAAUACAAAAUUGGCAUUUUACAACUUUUUUUUUGAUUUAUUUUCACGUAUGUGUAAUUACAUUUCCUCACCUAACAAAUUGACAUGGAUGUAGGCUUUAUUAAGGCACUCAAGUCUUUUUUCCCCCCCAUAAUUACAGUUAAUUUAAAUAAUUACAAUGCAUAAAAUACUGUAAUUAUUGUGUAUUAAUUACACCACUUUUAAAAACUUUAUUUUUGAAAUAAUACAUAUAAUUACGUUUAUAAAUCAUGAUAUAUUUAUCAAAUACAUUAAAUGCAUGUAAAAAAAAACAUAAAACAUCAAAGGAAUCACAGAAAAUUUGUAAUGCAACACACAAAAUUACGGUAUAGGCCGACUACUUCCUGCACACUUCAGGUAAAUAUCCGGCACACUUCCGGACAUAAUUCACCCAACUAACAAAUUAUUGACCUUUGGAUGUAGUCUUUGUAAGGCACUGAAAUGACUUGUUUUUAUAACAACAGUUAUGUAUAAAAAAUAA